AUGAGCAAAGACGAUACCUCUUCAUCAUCAGGUUUUUCAUUAUUCGGAAACAAUACCAGCGAGGAAACAGAAACCCCAAAGGCUGUCGAAAAUGACCAAAUUCGUAGGGAUAUGAUUGCUGCUGCAUUAUUAGGACCAUGUAAACCAUUGAAUAGAAAAAUGUUGGAAAUAAGAGCACAAACAACUAUUGACCCAAACCAAGCCCAACAAGCAGAACAACAAAUGUGGAAGUGCUUGGAAGGUUUUGCAAAUAAUUUUUACCAACAACACGGAAAUUGGGGUUCCGCUCAAAUAAUCGAUCAAGGAUCAAAUCAAAACAAUUCUCAAUCACCAUCAAUACAAGGAGGAAGUCCAGGAGACAUUUACUAUUUUGAAAGAAUGAGUGGAAAAACACAAUGGGAUAGACCUGCAUAUUUGGAAACAAUCAUUAAUCAGGGAAAACAAGCUAAAGACCAAACCUUACCAAUUCAUGAUUGUGAAUUCCUUCAACUUAAUUUCUUCAUAUGUUUACAAUCCACAAGAGCACAAAAGACACAUUGCGAUUUUGAAAAUGAUAAAUUAAUUCGUUGUAUCAGAGCAAAACAUUUCCAAAAGUAA